AUGAUCGCCGAGAAGUUGCGGGUGGCCGUUGUCUUGUGUCGGCCAUGGUACAUGCACGAUGCACCCUGCCUAUCUUCGGAUACAUUGGAAACAUUUCCCUUUGCACAGCAGUUUUGGAUUUGCCCCUUGCUGGCCGAGUGGGCCAAGGGUUGCUUUGGCAUCGACGCACCUGUGGAAGAUGCAUCAGUGGAGGAGGAAAUCUCUUCUGAACCUUCCAGAGACAAUACAAAAGCCGCCCCAGUCAGCUCUGAACCCACCAAUGACAGUCGCGCCCUCCCUGUACUGCUUCAUCGGUGCAGUAUUAGUUGGCUUUUGACUCUUCCUAUUCUUGUCCUUUGGCUUUUGACUUUGGAAUUGCAUUAUGUCUGCAGCUUAAUUGGCUUACCAUCAAAGAAAACAAAUCUCGCUCCAUCCGGUACUAGCUAG